CCACGAGAAGUCUUCUAUUUGUCAUCGAUGGUAUGGCCGCCUUCUCUGCGACAACUUGAGUUUGGGGAUGGGUUCACCGUGCGGAUCGCCACGCUCAAAGGUCCGCCCUCCCUGCAACAGCUGUGGAUUGGGCAUUGGUGCGACGAGCAUAUUGCCAGGGUCGGUUGGCCGAUGUCUCUGCAGCAGGUAUUUUUCAGUGGAAACUUCGAUCAGCCCAUCGCCGGGGUCGCGUGGCCAACCUCCUUGCGGGUGCUGUCGUUCGGGGAAAAGUUCAAUCAGCCCAUCGCCGAAGUCAUGUGGCCGGCCUCCCUGCAGCAGCUUUCGUUCGGAGGGUCGUUCAACUGGCCCAUCACCGGAGUCGUGUGGCCGGUCUCCCUGGAGGAGCUUUCCUUCGGAGAUGGAUUCAACCAGCCCAUCGCCGGUGUCGUAUGGCCGGCCUCACUUCGGCAGCUUUCGUUCGGGAAUAGGUUCAACAGCCCUAUCGCCCGAGUAAUGUGGCCGGUCUAUCUGCAGGAGCUUUCGUUCGGCGAUGCUUUCAAUCAAAGCAUCGCCGAAGUCGUGUGGCCGGCCUCAUUAAGGCAGCUGUCGCUCGGCCGGUGGUAUGACCAGCCUAUCUCGGGGUCCAUCUUUGGAGUAGUUUGGCCAGCCUCACUGCGGCAGCUAUCGUUCUGGUGCCGAUUUGACCAGGCUGUAGCCGAAGUCGUAUGGCCAGCCUCCCUUCGGCAUCUUUCGUUCGGUGUGUGUUUCAACCAGCCCAUCACCACAGUCGCAUGGCCGGCCUCCUUGCAGCAGCUGUCGUUCGGAGACAGAUUCCAUCAGCCCAUCGCCGAAUGACCGGCUUCCUUGCAGGAGCUUUCGUUUGGGGAUUGGUUCGACUACCCUAUCACCGAAGUCUUAUGACCAUCUUCCCUGCGACGCCUGCCGUUUGGGGAAGACUUCAACCAGCCCAUCGCCGAAUUCUUCUGGCCGGCUUCCUUGCAGAAGCUUUCGUUUGGGAAACGGUUUUCCCAGCGGACAGAUGAAGUCGUGUGGCCGGUCUCCCUUCAAACGGUAACGCGGAUAGGGGUUUCCCUGUUGUAGUGGCGCAAGUAUCGUUUUUUCUCGAGGGUGGGGUCGCUAUUUGCGAAAACCGUGGAGACAGGGAAUAGCUAGGGAUCGAACGCAUUGUUCCUGAACAUGAGGAACCACACGAAGGUUCGCCAAGAUACCGUUGCACCUGCUCCUCGAGUGUUUCGUCGAAUGCGCUUGAGUAGGAGUGCAAAAACUUGGGUGAAAUUUUG